UUUGCGUUCAAGAAGGGCGCUUGGAAAGUGCAGCUGCCCCAUGUUGGCGCACUGCACCGCUAUUGCUCAUGCUGCUGAGUUCCUUCAAUUGACCAGCUACAACAUAGGAUACCUUCUCAGCUUGUGGGGCAUUCUCCCUUUCAAAUCUGCGCCUGACUUGCAGACCGGAAGAACUGAUGAGUGCCACCAAAUGCAUCAGGCGAACAGGUUGAGCUCAAAAGCAAACGCCACUCCGAUCUUAUUCACCAUCCCUUUGAAUUGAAGAAGCAAGUUGCCAGUCAAGGACUGGAAACUAGCAAUGGGUGAAUUCUGGACGCUCACGCAGCAGCUGCUGCAGGGCGAUGAGCCACUCAUCAAGCGCCCGAAGCUCACCGACGCGCUGUUGAACAAGCCACCCUUCCGUUUCUUGCAUGACAUCAUCUCUGAGGUGACCCGAACCACAGGCUUUGCUGAUGGUCUUUUCACAGAGGAGGAGCUAGUGUCCACAAACAUCAAGGACAAGGAUGGGAAGGUGGCAUAUCUGACCAAGAUCAUAAAUUGCGUUGGCCUUGCACUGGAUCAGAAUGUCCCGGCGAGACCACUUAAGAUUGUCGCUGGACUUGAACCUGAGAAUACAAACAGGUUCCUGCAGAUGCUGGCUGAGGCUGCCACGAGUGGCAGCCCAUCAUCGCAGCUGGCUGUGCAAAAAGUUUUGGCAGGGGAGCAGAUGACAGCAAAGGGUGGGGCAGACAGGUCCCAACGAACGUCAGAAUCCUUUCCCCCGGCUCCCCAACCAGAGGGAUCCCCAGCCCUAGCCCCUCCCCCUCCGGCAACCGAACCCGUUUCUCGAGGCCCCGCACGACCAGCGUCCAGCCAAAGCGAAGCUCGGCGAGCAAGCACGCCCGCGUUGGAUCCUUCACGGGGGCACCCGGCGCAGGAAAGUGGGGAGAGACCGGCAAGCGGAGUCGGUGAAAAAGCCGCGCCUAGUUCGGAACCGGCUGGGGCGGCAAGAGCGGAGCCUGUGAGGAGGACGUCAACUGCCGAGGCGCCAAAAGCGGAGGGGCGUGCAGCGGAAGGGCGGACCGGAAGUGCGGCGCAGCAGCAACGGCAGCAGCAGCCGCCUGCGGCCGUCACCACGUCCCAGCUGGCAGAUGACGACGACGGGCCGAGACAGAGGGAACCCGAGUCAGGUUCGAAGGUCGAGCCGUCUCCCCCGGUUGCCCCCCAACCGGCCACUCCUGCACCCGCCCAGCGGCCCGGGACGGCUUCCCGAGGACCGAUGAGGCCCCAGUCAGCGCGACGCGGCCCUCCGAAGCUGCCAACGAACGUGGUGACGCCGGAUAAGAAGCCGGAAACAAGGCCCGGGCCAGCGCCAGGGAGUGUGCCGCCGGGAAGCGGUCCCCUGGAGCGAACGGGCUCUGCCAGGAAGAGCGGACGUGAGGCGACUCCGCCGGCAGCGGUUCCGCCGGCCGCGAUCAUUCCGGCGGUACCUGAAGACGACGACGAUGACGAAGGCAUCACGAUCGUGGACAGCCACCCCGUGGCGGAUGACGUCAGCCUGCCUGAGGGCGCCGGCAAGCUGGUGCGUGACAUUCUGGAGACGCGGAAAGACCUGGAGAAAUCCGAGGACGGGGCGGCGCUGGGGCGGACGCUGUCGAUGAACGGCAAAACGGACAGCGUCAAAAAGGAGGAGUUGGCCCGGCUGCGCGGCGUGGUGCAGUCGCUGUGCCAGAGCGCGACGCCGCUGGGCAAGAGCAUGGAGUACCUGCAGGAGGACCUGGAGAACAUGGGCAAGGAGUUCCACCACUGGAACAAGGAGAAGAAACAGCACGCCGCCAAGCUCGAUGAGGAGCGCCGGCUGACGCAAGAGGCGCUGCAAGCCCCGCUCAGCCAGCUGGCUGACUUGGAGGACGAGAUCAAACAGAAGCGCGAGGCGUUGGAUACGCUCAAGGCUCAGGUUUGGCGGAACGACGAGACCAUUCAGGGCCUGCUGAAAUUGGUCAUGGCGGGCCCGAGCGGUGGCGCCCGGUAGCAGUUCCUGUUCGAAAAUUGAUGGGACUUUACGGUUAAAACCCUGGCUCAUGCAGACGUCGUCGCCAUGACCUGCUGCGACGCGCUCAUGGGUUGCCGGCAAUAUCAAGAAACCUGCAUAUCUUCUCAGUCAGUGGGCACCGUUACGAUGAGAUGUGGAUCGAUUGGCCGUUGAACGGAACUCGGCAGCUCGUGCAGCCGCGGCUCUUCACGUUGGGAGUGCCAACAGCCUGCUAGGCAGAAAACGAUAUUGCUGGCGUCCACCGUCUGUUGAUGCUUAAUAUAUAGCUGGCUAAGCCAAGAACAAUUGAAACGAAAUGUCGUGUUUACGCGUGACGCGCGGGCCAAGUGAGUACUUGCA